GACAGUAAGAAAUAGUCCUACACAGUUAUUCAACAAUGGAUUUGCAUCUUUAAUUAGUCUGGGGAGAAAGCAGAUCAAAUGCUGAAGAGCUAUUGCAGAGGAUGCUUUUAGCACGACUUCCAGUGCAAAGGCAUCCUUUAAUAUUAUGGACAGUCCUGAGGCACCCUUUAAUAUUAUGGACAGUCCUGACGCACCCUUUAAUAUUAUGGACAGUCCUGAGGCACCAUCAAAUUAUGGACAGUCCUGAGGCACCCUUUAAAAAGUUAGGACAGUCCCAAGUCCGGUAGGCCCUUUAAAAUUAUGGACAGUCCUGAGGCACCCAUCAAAUUAUGGACAGUCCCGAGGCACCCUUUAAAAUUAUGGACAGUCCUGAGGCACAUUUUAAAAUUAUGGACAGUCCCAAGGCACCCUUUAAAAUUAUGGACAGUCCUGAGGCACGCUUUAAAA